CUGUUUAAAAAAUAAACAACAUUUCUGUUAUAGCCUUAUCCAUUUAAUUUCGAAUGAAUUUUAGAGUUUUAAAAUUUAUAUCAUCGAUAAUGAUUCAAAUCUAUUUGAACUUUACUUCAGAACAAUCAAAUAAAUUUGCUUUAUAUAUCCAAGAGUUUUAUACUUCAAAAAAAUAAAUAUGUCAACACCAGAUUAAUUAAUUUUAUCGUUGAGUUUGAACACAUUAUUCAAGAUUAUCUAAAUAGAUUGAAUUCAGAUAAAAAUAGUUGUGUAAAUUGGAAAUAAAACAACAGCCAUUAUCUUUCGAGCAAGCGACAGGAGGUUACCUAAGACUUAAGAUUUUCAGUCAUAAGUUUAAUUUUAAAUGAAAUUAUUAUUUUUGCUUUUCUCCGUAAUCGGAGCUUGUUACUCAAAACCUCUUACAGUUGAAGAUGAUGGAAUCUGCCGAGGAUAUAAUGCAUGUGCCCCGAUUGAUUUAAAUAAAAUCAAUGUACAUUUGGUUAUGCAUUCUCACGAUGACGUCGGUUGGGUGAAUACUGUUGAUCAAUAUUAUUAUCAAAAGGUGGAAAUAAUAAUUAGUUCGGUCGUCGGAGCACUAUUGCAAAACGAAGACAGAAAAUUUAUUCAAGUCGAAACAGCUUUCUUCAAGAAGUGGUGGACUCAACAGCCAGAGCUGACAAAGAAGUGGGUAAAAAAACUAAUUAAUGAGGGCCGUUUAGAAAUAAUUGGUGGUGGCUGGAGUAUGAACGACGAAGGCGCAGCGCACUAUCAAUCGACGGUGGACCAAUUUACUUUAGGCCUCCGAUAUUUGGAGGACAAUUUGGGUAAAUGUGCCCGUCCGAAAAUCGGUUGGCAGAUUGAUCCGUUCGGUCACAGUAGAGAACAAGCCUCCAUAUUCGCUCAGUUAGGAUUUGAUGGAUUUUAUUUCGCCAGACUGGACUACAGAGACCGAGAUCAAAGAAAAGCCGAUAAAACUAUGGAUUUGCUCUGGACUGGAAGUGAAAAUUUAGGCAGCGAUUCAAAUAUAUUCACGUCCGUUUUCGAAAGUCACUACAGCGCACCAAGUGGAUUUUGCUUUGACAUAAGGUGUAGCGAUGAGUUGCUAGUUCCCAAUGAAGCUAGUCCUGAAUACAAUGUCGAAAAAAGAGUAACUGAUUUCACUAAAAUUAUUGAAGAUGCAAUUAAACAUCGCCCUACCAACAAUCUUUUGUUAACGGUUGGUGAUGAUUUCAAAUAUGAAUCUGCAGAGAGAACAUUUAAUAACGUAGAUCAAUUAAUUGCUGGCUUUAAAAAAUAUAAUCCAAAAAUUAACGACAAAGAAAUAAAUUUGAUUUACUCUACACCAUCUUGUUAUGCAAAAGCUGUAAACGAAUUUGUCAUAGCUAAUGAACAAACUUUACAAGUGAAAACUGAUGAUUUCUUCCCCUAUGCAGACAGUGCUAACAAAGUGUGGGCAGGAUAUUUCACCUCAAGGCCUACAUCUAAACGUUACGAAAGAGUAGGAAACAAUUAUUUACAGGCUUUUAAACAAUUGAGUGCACUAGGAGGUUUACCAAUGGGAAGUAAUAAGCGAUUGGAGGAAGCUAUGGGAAUAUUCCAACAUCACGACGCUAUUACAGGCACUGAAAAAACUGCAGUGGAAAAAGAUUAUCACAGAUUACUUACGAAAGGUAUCAGUGAAUCUUUAGAAAAAGUUGGCACUGCUUUGUCAAAUUUAUUGGGGCUAGAAAAUAAAAUUGAUUUAAAAAUCUGCCCUCUAGCCAACGUUAGUAUUUGCGAAGAGUCGAACAAAGAUGAGUUCAAUGUUCUCUUGUAUAAUCCACUUGCUAGAACCGUUUCCCAUUACGUGCAAAUCCCAGUGAGUGGUGACAACUGGUCUGUCUCAGAUCCUGAUGGUGAUGAAGUUGAAAUAGCAGUCACUGAACCCGUCAGAUCUUUUAAAUACAUAACUGAUGAUAUUGGGGGAACCCUGCAUGACAAAGUAAUAAUUUUUAAAGCUGAAAACUUACCUGGAUUGGGUUAUAAAAUUUAUAAUAUUAAAAAAUCAUCAUCAAAGAAAACGGUCCAUGCUAAAGUUCCACUUGAACUAAAAGAAGAUAAAGAGUUUGGAUUUGAGGAUAAAUAUGUUACUUUAGAUGCAGAUACUGGAUUCGUUAAGAAAAUUACUUUGCACGGUAUUACAAUGGACGUGACUCAGCAAAUGAUGUAUUACAAGAGUUCGCAUUACUCUGGCGCCUAUAUAUUUAAAACCAAAUCUGAUGAUCAAGAUAUUAAAAAAUUUGCAGAUAAGUGCAGCAAUACUAUAUUGACUGAAAAAGGAAAUGUUGUUCGUGAAAUUAAACAGGUUUGGAAUGACUGGGCUAGUCAAAUAAUCAGGAUUUACAAAGAUGAAGACUUUAUUGAGUUCGAUUUUAUAGCUGGACCCAUUAAUACUGAUGAUGGAUUUGGAAAAGAAAUGGUUAUAAGAUAUUCUACCAAUAUUGACUCUAAAGGUGAAUUUUACACUGAUUCCAAUGGAAGGGAGAUGAUAUACAGAAAAAAGAACUGGAGGGCUACUUACAAUUAUACUAAUGACGAACCUCAAGCCGGAAAUUAUUAUCCUAUUAAUGCAAAAAUUAUGAUACGAGAUGAUAAAAAACAAUUUGCUGUACUUACCGACCGUUCCGAAGGAGGUUCUAGUUUACAUGACGGCGAAGUGGAACUUAUGAUUCAUAGAGCUUUACUUAAUGAUGAUGGAAAGGGAGUAGGAGAAGCUUUAAAUGAACAAGAACAUGGACAAGGAUUAAUCGCUCGUGUUUCACAUUUUGUAACACUGGGUUAUAAAACUUUAGGAGAUGGUAAAAGAUCCAUGUCAGCUAUAGAACGUGAUAUUGCUCAACGAAAACUUCUUCAACCAUUAAUGUUCUUCCCCUCUGGAAAAAUUUUACAAAAGGAACAUACGUUCUUGAACACUGAAUUACCUAAAAAUGUUCACCUGUUAACUUUAGACAAUUGGAAUGAUACUGACAGCACAUUUUUGAUUAGACUUGAACACAUUUUAGAAAAAGAUGAAGAUCCAAACUUGUCUCAGGAAGUAACAAUUGACUUAUCGAAAAUAUUUGACACAUUCACCAUUACAUCAUUGAAGGAAACCCUUUUGGCUGGCAACAUUCCGUUGUCAGAAGUUUCAAGACUUAAAUGGCCGCAAAUACAGGAGACCGCAGAAUCCAACGUUCUCAGCAUAAAGAAACGCAUGCUUCGGGCAGAUGAAGACUUAAAAAUCACUCUAGCACCAAUGCAAAUCAGAACUUUUAUUGCAACUGUAGAAAAAAAAAAUAAAAAUUAAUAAAAUGAAUUUGAAAUAUUA